GGACUGUGUCAGCUGACCAGCGGUCGACCAAUCACAGAGCGCUCGUGACGGUGUAAACAGCGGCGGACGCGCGCAGGGCUGUCAGAUGCGCGCAGCUCCAGACACACAUCAUGGCCGGAGAGAACACAGGAGGAUUGUGGGAUUCGUUGAAGAAAGCUGCUUUUGUCAUUGGAUCUGGGCUGUUCUUCCUGGUGGGGUUUAGGAACUCUGUGACAUGGCACUUGCAGAGGUUUUGGGGAGCGUCGGGAGAUUUCUGGCAAACACAGUGGAGCAAACUUCACCAAGCCUCGGGGGGAAACGAUGCGGCCUUGUUCUUUAUCGGGACCAUGUUGGUGCCAACGCUGGCGUUCUGGGUGUUUAACGGCCUCCUGAUGCUGGUGGACACGACGGGAAAGCCACACUUCAUCACACGCUACAGGAUUCAGCCCGACAAGAACAAUCCGGUGGAUGGUGCGCGGCUACGGCACGCGGUGAAGACGGUGCUCUUUAACCAGGUGUGUCUGUCAGGUCCUGUGGUGGUCUGCACCUAUCUGCUGAUGAAGAGGAGAGGAGAGCCGUGCGGCCCGGAGCUGCCCACCUUCCACUGGGUGCUGCUGGAGCUGGCCGUCUGCGGUCUGAUGGAGGAGAUCCUCUUCUACUACACACACAGGCUCGUCCACCAUCCCUCGCUCUAUAAGAGCAUCCACAAGGUCCAUCACGAGUGGACGGCUCCGGUCGGGGUGGUGGCGCUCUACGCUCAUCCGGUGGAGCAUGUGCUGUCGAACAUGCUCCCGGCUCUGACGGGUCCCGUUCUGCUGGGCUCACACGUGUCCACCACCAGCCUGUGGUUCACCAUCGCUCUGCUGGUCACUACAGUCUCUCACUGCGGAUACCACCUGCCCCUGCUGCCCUCGCCCGAGUUCCACGACUACCACCAUCUCAAGUUUAAUCAGUGCUACGGCGUGCUGGGAGUGCUGGACCGGCUGCACGGGACGGACGAGAAGUUUCGUAACGCUAAAGCGUACGAGCGGCACACCGUCCUGCUGGGAUUGACCCCGCUGAGCGAGAGCAUCCCUGACCAUCCCAAGAAAGCCCAGGAGUAACCCUGCUCCUCUCCUCCGUGUACAGAAACACUAAUGAACUGAUCCGAGGUCCGAGACCCUGCUCCUGACAUCAUCCAGGCAGAAUAUGAUUUUAAUUCUGUAUUUUAGCACUCAAAUCUAGUGAUAGUUUUUGGAAAUGAAUAUUGUACUGUUUCUGAUUGAUCAUCAAACCUCUCAUUAAAGCUGAUCUGCUGUA